GUGUCACUGAGCUAGGGAGUCUCUGAGUGUAUGUCUAAGGGCUAGAGUGCAGAAGGCGCUGUAAACAUUUUAGCUCGCAGGCAGGCAGGAGGGGAAAGGAGUGGGGGGGAUAUCCCUGACUUUGCGACUUUUUCAGACUUUUUUGUGUGUGCCCAGAGCCAGUACCCCGUGUCUUUCUCUUUGCGUGUACGUGGGUGGUACGCAAAGUGAGAGAAGUCAGAGGCAGCAGUAGGACUGUUCAAACUUGAGGAAGAGAGAGGGAGAGAGGGAGAGAGGGAGACUGAGGAAGAAAGGCAAACUGCUCUGAUGGAAAGGAAGCAUGCAAGUGGAUGCUGUCUUCUGCGGGGUCAGGAUUCGCAAAAUGAGAAGCUACUCCAGGAGCACUUCAUCAGGGCUCACCCAGCUCAGAAAGGAUGCCAGCUGCUAGCACCAUGACUGGUGGGAGGGCCCUGCUGCUCUGCGCAAACACUGACAACUGUAUCUAUCAAUCAGUCAACGGGCUCCAGUGCUGUGGCUUGAAGCUUGGGGAGGCUCCAUCAGCAGUGGUGCCCCAGCCCAAAGAGGUGUGUGGGUCACCAGUGGACAGAGACAGGAGGGACACUGCUGUGUCCACAAAGAGUCACCUCUCUCCUCUCCCCAGCCCAGGUCCUCCUGACUCCAUGCUGGCUCACAGGAGAGCCACCACUCCCACAUCUGACCCACGGGCUCCCAACAUGGAAAACGGGCUGUGUGGUAAGCUGAACCACAGCAAGAGCCCAGCAGGAGCCAAAACCGCCAGCAUCCGUGAUAAGAUAUCCCAGUGGGAGGGCAAGAAGGAGUCUGCUCCAGUAGCUAUUUCAGGGACAUGUCCACUAAGUGCAACACAAAAGGAAGUUGAGACAGUGAGGAAAAAGGAAUCCAAAACUACAGAUGUCCACAGGACAGACAGCAAGAGGUUUGUCAGCUGGGAUAGACAAGACUCAGGGAAGGAGAAUGUUGGUAAGCUGGGGGAUUCAAGACCUAAAUCUCCAGAAGCUCCAGCAAACAAAGACAGAGAAGUAAUGGUAGAGAGGGGGUUUCGGGCUUCUAAGCCAACAGAACAACCCCAAGACAAGAAAACUGUUUUAAAUCAUGUUAAGAAACUGGAGAAGGCAACAAAGGAGGUUCCUGACAGACCUUCACUGGCAUUUCCAGGGAAUUACUUCUGUCCUCCCUCAAAGGAAGAGCUGGAGGAAACAGAAAAGAGGGGCAGUGAGCCCAUUUUUGGGACUUUUGACAUGGCUCGACCUGGUGGCGUUCGGAGAAGGUGGGACGGAGAUUCAGAGAAUGUAUACAAUGAGCCAGGUGCGCCAUCUAUAAACCCUCUACCUAAACCUCAAAGAACCUUCCAGCACCACACACCGCCCACUACUCCAGCUUCAGGGCCUUGCUUGGGAAAGGGAAGAAGGAACCUGCCUCCUUUGCCAUCCAUUCCUCCCCCACCUUUACCCACGUGCCCCCCCCCACCAGGAGUUUGCAGGAGACCGUGGGCGGAUAAAUCCCGUGACAGUAGUAACAGGAAGUCCUAUGAAUUUGAGGAUCUGCUACAGUCGUCUACAGAAAGCUGCCGGGUGGACUGGUAUGCUCAAUCCAGGCUGGGCUUAACACGCACUUUAUCAGAGGAGAAUGUCUAUGAGGACAUAAUAGAUCCUCCAUCCAAGGAGAACCCCUAUGAAGAUAUUGAGCUGGAGAGAAGCUGUUUGGGAAGCAAAUGCGUUUCACCUGCCUCUUCAUCUCCUGUCCCCGACACAGCAACUAAACAGUUCUCCUCCAAGCCUGGCUUUUUCAGACAAAAUUCAGAGCGACGCAGCUUCAAGGUUCCUGAGCUACGUAAGACCAACAGAGACACUGGCAUCUCCUCACCUUCCCGUAUCAGCCCCCCCUCCACACCCAGCAGCCCAGACGACACCCCUUGUCUCUCUGGGGACCCUUACAAUCGCAGACGGAGGAAAGUCCCUAAGAUGGUGCUGAAAAUCAAUGGCAUCUUUGAGGCGCGGAGAGGGAAGAAACGGGUGAAGAAGGUAUCUCAGUCUGCUGAGUCCAGCUCAGGGAGAGUGACAGAUGAGAACAGUGAGUCAGAAAGCGACACAGAGGAGAAACUAAAAGCUCAUAGCCAGCGGCUUGUGUCAGUCCAGUCCAUGCUGAGGCAGACGGGGAGGUACCGGACCUUGGAGAGGGAUUUGAUGGAACUGCAGGAAAGGAAACUCUUUGAAUAUUUUAUAGUCGUUGCGCUGCACAAGACCAAGGCUGGAGUUCCAUACCUGCCGGAAGUCACGCAGCAGUUUCCUCUCAAGCUUGAAAGGAGCUUUAAGUUCAUGCGAGAGACUGAGGACCAGCUGAAGGUGAUCCCGCAGUUUUGUUUCCCAGACGCCAAAGACUGGGCACCUGUCGACAAUUUUCCCAGUGAGACGUUCUCAUUUGUACUGACUGGUGAAGAUGGAAGCAGACGUUUCGGCUACUGCCGCCGUUUACUGCCCAGUGGUAAAGGCCGAAGGCUCCCUGAAGUCUACUGCAUCGUCAGCCGCCUGGGAUGCUUUGACCUCUUCUCUAAGAUUCUGGACGAGGUAGAAAAGAGGAGGGCUAUCUCUCCUGCUCUGGUGCAACCUUUUAUGAGAGGCAUCAUGGAGGCUCCCUUCCCUGCUCCAGGCAGAACUAUCACAGUUAAAAACUUCCUACCUGGAUCUGGGACAGAGGUGAUCGAACUGUGUCGCCCAUCAGACUCCCGUCUGGAACACGUGGACUUUGAAUGUCUCUUCUCUUCAUUAAGUCUGCGUCUUCUCCUCAGAGUUUUUGCCUCCCUGCUGCUGGAGCGCAGGGUCAUCUUCACUGCUGACAAACUCAGUACUUUGUCUCAGUGUUGUCAUGCAGUAGUGGCUCUGCUCUAUCCGUUCACCUGGCAGCAUACAUACAUCCCUGUGCUCCCACCAUCCAUGUUGGAUAUAGUCUGCACCCCAACCCCCUUUAUAGUUGGCCUUCUUUCCAGCUCUCUACCUCGACUCAAAGAGCUGCCCAUAGAAGAAGUCCUGGUGGUUGACCUCGGCAACAGCCGCUUCCUUCGACAGCUGGAUGACGAGGACUCCAUUCUUCCACACAAGCUGCAGGCAGCUCUUGAGCAUGUGCUGGACAAGAGAAGGGAGCUGGCCUGUGAGAAUGGAGAUCUGUCCAAUGACUCUAGCUCGCUGAGCACUGUGGUGUCAGAGGCCUUUGUUCGUUUCUUCGUGGAGAUGGUGGGACACUACUCGCUCUUCAUGGGUGGAACGGAGCGGGAGGAUGAGUCUGUCUCCUCCACCACCUUGCCCAGCCCCUCUUCUUCCUCAUCCUUCCAGCGUGAGGCCUUUCGUAAAGCAGUCACUUCCAAGAGUUUGAGAAGAUUUCUGGAAGUGUUCAUGGAAACUCAGAUGUUUACCGGCUUCAUCCAGGAGAGAGAGCUGCGCAGGCAGGGCCUCAGAGGUCUUUUUGAGGUGAGAGCACAAGAAUAUCUGGACUCGCUGCCUGGGAGUGAACAAAGAGGGGUCAACAAGUUCCUCAAGGGCUUAGGAAACAAGAUGAAAUUCCUUUCCAAGAAAUGAGACUUGGAGUCUUUGCUGAAAGCAGAAAUAAAAGGAGGUGCACUCCCUGGAUACAGAGCAUGCACCGAUGGAGAUGUGUCUUUGGGUUAGGACAAAGGAAGGCCCUUGAAAUGAACUGGACUCAUAUGUAGAACUUCAGCAUGAGGAAAUCUGGGGAAAGUUAUGGUUUAUCCCUCAGCUUCACCGGCCAGUCGUUCUAUUAGUGUUGCGGUGGGUUUACUCAGUGUGGUCCAAAACUCCCCACCAACAUGAUAAAGCAACAGAGUCUGGUCUUAAGAGUAUAAAUGUUUUAUAGAUUACACUCAUCUCCUACAGUGUAUUACUGUACAGCACAGUGUAAAUGUUUUAGGAACAGUGUUCUCAUCACUAACUUCACCUGUAAGCCUGUAAGGAGGAGUGUCCCUCAAGAUCCACUUUUGUACAAAUCUUUCCUAUACAUUCCAUGUAUUUUCUAUAGAAGCUUCUAUAAAUGCAAUAGUACAACUUCUUUGUCAACAGGAGGCUUUUAAGUUAAUUUAUAUUGCUUUUUAGACCAACUUAAUCUCUUGUUUUAAUUUCAUUUAAAUGAGUCCAAAGGAAUCUCCUGUAGUUUCUAAUACACUUUAUUUAACAGAGUCUAGACCAGACUGUUUGUAGACCACUUUGGGUUGUUGGGUAUAUGUGCCACUGUUUUAAUUAAAUGUACUGUUAAUGGAAGCUAUUGGACUGAUGAACACGUAUGGAUCAAAAGGAAAUCAAUGUGAAUAUUCCUGUCAGUGGAGGAUGUGGGGCUACAGCUGAAGAAUUAUGUGUAUCUUAGGCCCAUCAGUAUCAGUGUGUUUCACAAAAACAACUAAGGUUGCCUUAAAGUUCAUUGAGAAUACAAUGAAAUGUCAUAAAUAAAGUGAUUUG